UUUAACGACCAAUGCAAAUAGCAAUCGUUUAUUUUGCUGAAGUUUUAUUUAUGUAUUUAUUUCGCAAAAUAAUAUGUACACACUGUUGCCAGACGCAGACAACUUCAAGCGAGUCGCAAAUUUGCGUGCAGCCAACUUCAAGUCAGACGAGCAAAAAAUGUAAACAAAGAAUUAUGGUAAACAAUGAAUAAUUGCGAUGAUGAAAUGGCUUACGUCCUGGACGAGGAGCUGCUGACAAGCAUGAAAAGCACUGGUAACACUAGCAAUAAGAAUGACGAGGAGAAUCUGGAUGUGGAGCUCAAACCGCCUGUUGAAGCUUACGCGGAUCCGCUGCAGGAAACGGCUUUGAUAUCCUCGAACUUUUCGUGGCUGUUCAAAGACGAAGAUAUUCUGCUUAAUGAUGCACAGCUGGCCGAGCUGCUCAUGCUGAAGCCGGGUAAAGUUCGUGGUAAACGCGGGCGACCCACAAGCAGCAGCAGUAGCAGCAACGUCAGCAUCUCCUGGGACACGGAAACCGAUGUGCAGCAGCCCAGGGGACAAGAUGAACUUUUGCUGCCUCGGCAACAGGCCAGCGGCAAAGGACCUGCCAACUCAGUGUCUAAUGCCGUGGAGUCCUGGAUGCUACUGUUCGACGAUGAGAUGAUGCGCAUGCUCCUCCGCCAGGCCAACGAACGAAUUCGCCAGCGUCGUGCGAGAAAUUCAGCUGAACGACAAAUCGAUCUCACAGAGAUGCGCUCCUGGCUGGGUCUGAGCUACUUAUGUGGCGUGUUCCGAAAUGCGCAGCACAAUGGACCGCUGGAGGAACUUUGGACGCUGGAAUUGGGAAAUGCGAUCUUUCGUGCAACGAUGUCGCUCGCCCGCUUCGAGUUUAUUGCCGAGAGCUUGCACAGCCAAGCAGGCAGCAGCUGGAACGAUGCUCAGCAUCUGUGGCAGAAAUUGCUCAUCAAUUGUCGCUCGUAUUACGGACCCAGUGGCUGGCUCUGCGUCGACGAGCAGCCCGCCUUAGAGAAUGGAAAUUUGGCAUUGUGCUGCGAUGCGAAGACGCUUUAUAUGACCAAUGCGCUGCUCAAGCGGGACGAGCAGGCGCCCGGCAAGGAGCUGAUGCAGCUCAUCUGCGAUUACAAGACAACAGGUAGGAAUUUGACGCUCGGCACGCGUUACGCUUGUCUCAGGCACUGCGAGCAGCUUCUGCAGCGUAAUUUGAGCAGCAUCUGCCUGCUGCCCAGCACAGCGCCGGAUUAUCCCAAGAACUGGACGGGCGAAGCACUGCGCAGCGGCUCGAAGCGAUUGACGCGUCAAGCGGGCGGCGCGCUGCUCAGCUGCGGCCUGGACAGCCAUGUGAAUGUGUCGCAAGCACAGUUGCACACAGGGAAAAUCUGCGAGCGUUUCUUUGAGCUCUCCCAGCGAUACAGCUGCGCCUUGUCUCAGUCAGACUGCAGGCGGAAUGAAUUCCUGCAACAGCUGCAUCUGAUGCUCAAUGUGGCGGCUGUCAAUGCUUGGAUCUUGUUACGCUUGUCGCCAAAAGGCGAUACCAAAAUGGAGCAACGCGAUUUCCAGCGUCAGCUGGGCUUGUUUCUGACACAGCAGCGUUUGCAGCGCCGGCUGCAGCGUAGAUCGGCAACGGCCACAACGCUCGUGAUGCGUCUCCAGAUCUGUGAGAUCUUGGGUCAGUCCAGUCAGCGGCUGCUAAGCGAAGCCUCCGCGGAUGCUCUGCACUCGAAUGGCGUUGGUGUCGUGAGUUUGACCCGUGCCACACUCCCCGAGGGCGUCACUUUGGUCAGUCGCUAUGGGGAGAAGCAUCGCCGUUGCAAGCCCUGUGCGCGCAAUAAGCGCGAGACGAAGGCGCGUUCACGCUGCCAGCAGUGCCAGGCGCACCGUUGUGGCAAUCAUCUCAUUUCACGCUGCUACGAGUGCAUGGGCCUUGCCACAGCACAGUUGCCAGAUGGCAACAUUAAAGAUACUUGAGAUACUUGCUGCAAGCAAAUUAGGUACUAAAUUAAUAAGAAUACAAAAUAAAUGAAAAUACAAAAUGCAUUAU